AUGCAAUCUUUUCGCGUCGUCAUUUUUUGGUUGGCCGCAGCGGCUCACGGAGCCAUCAACCUAGAUGGCUCCAGGGCUGUCGAGCCAGUCUCGGCGGACGACCCUUCACCCAUUGCUGACACCCUGGCUUACAUGCCGGACCAGCACGAUUGCCCGUUGCCGUGCAAUGCCGACUACGCGAAUGUGCACAAGUGGACUCCCUAUCACUCGGUCCAUCGUCUAAAGCGCUGCAAGCUGCCCAUGCUUCUGCAUUUCUCAGUGCUGCUUCCUCUGGAAAACCCUGAUACCGACGUUCUCAUUCGGAGUUGUACCAUCGGCGCCGAUCCGGACUCUGCCGGAGACAGGACCGUCAUCAACGCAACUUCCAUACACAUGGACAACCCCAAGAACGCAACCAACCUCUUCGAAGUCAGCACGGAAGCCGCCCCGGCGUGUGCCAUCGACGGUCGAGAAACCAAUGAUGUGCUUAGGCUCAUCAUGACUGGCGGCGGGCGGCAAUCCAGCGGGGAAAUAAAGCAUUUGCUGGGCGGGAUGAAGGAGUUCUUCGACUCGAAGGAAAACUGCGACAGGACUUUUCUCUUUGCAUGGCACAAAGAGAUAGUUGCCGGCAUUCACAUUGGCCCCGGCCUGGGCAAGCGAUCCGUGGAGUCUGCUCUACGGGCAGUUUUAGGCCGGCUCGAAAGCGGCGGCGACUCGAUGCCCAACCGCACUGUUGCCCAGAUCUGUGCCGGUGGACAGGGGCCUGAAACCAUCUUUGGUCUCUCCAUUGACACUACUGGCAAUAUUGCUGCGAUGCAGAGAACCGCAGUGGCAUGGAGUCAGGGAGAAUGCGCUGUCGUCGCUGGCGAUAUUCAGCCCACCACCGAGCAGGAGACUCUCAAAGUCCAGGUCUUUGACAUCGCCUCGGCGCCCCUGACGGAUGUGGGUGACGAGAAUAGGACCACAACGAACAACACCUCGCGAGGUCUCACAGGCUCAGAAAAAGGGACAGCCGGAUCCCGGGUGUGGUCAGGCCUUCUCGGCAAACGCGCAACGUGCCGCUAUCGCCGAGUCGACCCGGGCGACGGCUGCGCUUCUCUCGCAUCCAAGUGCGGCAUAUCGGGCGCAGACUUCACCAAGUACAACCCGAAGCAGAACCUAUGCUCAACUCUGAAGCCGGGAGAUCACGUCUGCUGCUCCGCAGGUGACCCGUACACGGAGAACAAGCCGCAACCCCCCAAGCCGAACGCCGACGGGAGCUGUGCGGUACGCGUCAUCAAGGACGACGACAACUGCGACAAGCUCGCGCGGACCUUCGGCCUGACGGUGGCCGAGAUCGAGUCCUUCAAUAAGGGCAAGACCUGGGGCUGGACCAAGUGCGAAAAGAUGUUGGCCUCGUACAACAUGUGCCUCAGCCGCGGGACGCCGCCGCUGCCGCCGCCGCAACAGGGCACCCAAUGCGGCCCGAUGGUCCCCGGCACCACGUGGCCCGACAAGUCGGUGCCCAUGACGGACCUCAAUCCGUGCCCGCUCAAGGCGUGUUGCAGCAACUGGGGCUUCUGCGGGCCCUUCGGCGUGCACUGCGACGUCCACGCCCCCGCCGGCGGCGGGCCGGGCACGAAGCUGGUCGAGUUCGCGAGCACCUGCAUCUCCAACUGCGGGAAUGCGAUCAAGCAGAACUCCGGGCCGCCAGCCGUCUUCUCCCGCAUCGGUUACUACGAGUCGUGGAACCUCGACCGCGAGUGCCUCUGGCUCAAGGCGGAAAACGCCAACACCGACGGCUCGUACACCCACGUCCACUGGGCUUUCGCCGACAUCGACCCCAAGACGUGGAAGGUUGUCAUCAAGGACCCUCACAAGCAGUGGCAGGCCUUCAAGAGUCUGCCUAACGUCAAGAAGAUUAUCUCCUUUGGUGGCUGGGCCUACUCGACCGAGCCUGCAACGUACAACAUCAUUCGCCAGGCCAUCAUUACAAACCGGGAGACAUUUGCUACAAACGCGGCCAAGUUCGUCAUAGACGAAGGUAUUGACGGCAUUGAUAUCGAUUGGGAAUAUCCCGGGGCACCCGACAUUAUGGUGGAUGGCAAGCCUAUCGGUCAGACGGGAGACGGUAUCGCCUAUCUCAAAUUCUUGACGGUCCUCAAGAACAAACUGCCGUCAAAAUCAGUAUCGAUCGCAGCCCCGGCCUCGUACUGGUACUUGAAGGCAUUCCCAAUUGACAGAAUUGCUGCGGUGAUAGAUUACAUUGUGUAUAUGACCUACGAUCUGCAUGGCCAGUGGGACUACGGUAAUCCGAACGCCUUCGACUCGUGUGAUUCUGGAAAGUGCAUCAGGAGUCACGGUAAGAGACAUGCCCCAUAUCUCGGUUCUACCGAUACACACAAGUGGCUGACUCUGUCUUCUUCCUCGGUGCUAGUCAAUCUGACUGAGACAUACAACUCUCUUUCAAUCAUCACCAAAGCCGGCGUGCCCAAUAACAAGAUCUUUGUUGGCGAAUCAAGCUACGGCCGGUCUUUCCGAAUGGCUAUCGACGGCUGCUGGGGACCAAUGUGCGAGUUUACCGGCACUCGGCUCAAGUCAAAUGCGAACAAGGGCAGAUGUACGGACACGGCUGGCUACAUCUCCAAUGCCGAAAUCAAUGAUAUCAUUCGGGCUGGAGGGGGCCGAAUGUUCCACGAUCACAAUUCCAACACUGAUGUUCUGCUAUACAAAGGUGACUACGUCAGUUACAUGACGCCGGCGACAAAGGAUACCCGGCGAGCCGACUGGAAGAGGCUGAACUUCGCCGGCUCCAUCGACUGGGCCGUCGACCUCCAGGCCUUUCGCAAAGAAGACGUGGAAGCGCCGGUGGUCCCGCCCAAAGCCGGCGAGACCGGCUGCGUGUGGGGUGAGAGCCCGGACCUGAACGCGGACAGCCUGUGCCAGUUUUCCUGCAACUACGGGUUCUGCCCGGACAGCAUCUGCAUUUGCAUCCUCACAGGGCCCGUCAAGCCACUGCCGAAGGUCGUGAGCACGGGCGAGUUCGUGGCAUGGGACGAGUUCGACAUGGACCUCCACCGCCUCUGCAAGUUGGCGUGCAAGUAUGGGUACUGCCCGCAGGGCACCUGCGGCGUCCCCGUUGUUGACGAGUGGGACGACGGCUCCGUCGACCCGGAAGACCGGCCGACUGGCGGCUUGUGGGACGCGGAGAAGAACGACGCCGAGAACACGAAGCAGUGCUUCCUCUACAAGACCAUGAAGAACUCGGAUAUUAGCUUGAAGCAUUGCUACAGCACAUGCCGGGUGGUCGUCGAAGAAGCCAUAGCCGAGGGCCGCGUCACAAACUACGGCUGCAUAGGCUUCUGGCCGCUCGACGAGCCAAUCCCGUGGACUCAGUAUCCGGGGACGACGGACCCUGACAGCGUCUACGCCGUUGGGAGGUGUUCAUGUGACAACGCGCUGAUCAACACCUUUACCGAAUUCGUCCUCGACGCCCUGCCCAUCAUCGCUCAGAUCGGAUGCUAUAUGAUCAUGUCAACACUGAAGCUCGUCCUCGACAUAGAUGCGGCAACCACAGCGGCCCAAGUGAUCGCAUACGCAUACGACAAAGGCGAGGAUCCAGUCGGAGCUUACGAAUGGUGGCUCAGUCCGUGUGGCGGGACCGACCUCGUGCCCGACGACAUCAAGAAGGUCUACGACAUCCUCAGCACCGUCGCCGACGGCGUCUCGAGCUUCAAGAAGCCAAAGUUCAAGAAGGGCAGCGGCAAGAAGGGGGACGCCGCCAACCCCAAGGACCGGGCAAAGCCCAAGGCCGGCACGGGUAGCGGGCCCAACGGCACUGGAAACAAAGGCGUCGCGAAGCAGAAGAAGUGCAACGUGCCCCCGAACAAGACCAGCGUCAUCAUGGGUUCCUACAAGAACACGCUCCGGGUGCAGUCGUGCGUCCCUGCCGCCGGUGGCGCAACCACGACGACCAAGACCGACUACGUCAUCACCUCGCUGGCGUUUGGGGCCAAGCCGACGACCGAGCUCCGGCACUGCAAAAAGGAAUGGUCGCAGGCGUGCUUCCACUACAGCUCUGCCAUCGCCCAGAACCCCCAGUGGGAGGUCCUCAAGUGCCCUCACGGAGCAGUCAGGAACCCGGAGACCACGCGCCCCAUCGUCAAAAGCUGGUACGACGUGCAUCACGAGAGCUGGCGAAGGCCGGCGGAUCGUGCAUAUAAGGGAGAGUGUCAAGCCGACGAGUACCCGCCGCGCUACCUCCUCGCUGACAGCAGUCCGAUAAUCAAGAAUGCCGGGUCGCUGGGAGGCCAGCUGAUACGAUACUUGCCAGACAAGGAAAACGGUGGUGCUGCGGCUAUGUGGAAGGGCGUUUGCUUUGCCCCCCACAUAGCAAAAAUGACCAAUGCCGAGUUUCUGGCCAAGUGGAAUUCAGGGCCCUUGUCGAAGAAGAACUCAAUUUCCAAGCAGGGCCCGGGCACCACCAAAAAGGAAGCCGAAGUCCCGGUCGACGUUGUUCCUUCCUUCAAGAUCGGUUCGUACGACCACUCCUCCAACCCCCCACGCGAUCACGGCUUGUGGGACAACAAGUGUUGGCCGAGGCAAAAGGCGGCCAACGAUCCGGGCAUGACUCUCUUUAGCUGGGAUCUGUGGUACAAAACCCACAGCCACCUGUAUGAUUUCUCGCAGCCGUACGCGAAGGGGACCAACGGGGCAUGA